AAUUUUUGUUGUUGGUGUGAAUAACAUAUUUUAUUGCCACAGUUUAUUGGGAUAUUGAUAAACAUGUCUUAUGCAAAGAAUCAGUUAGGCAAUAUUAGCAACAACACUCUCAUUGGCAGUAGCGCUAAACAAUGGAGAAAAACCGACGGAUUGCAAGCACGUUCUGCAGCACGUGAGUUAGAAUUGCAACAAAAAUUGAAGCUUCAAGCUGGAUUGAAAGACAAGGAGAAUAAUAACAAUAAUAAUAAUAACGAACAUGCAGCAAAGUACACCACGACCGUUAAUUUAUCUGAUUCAGAAUUAAGUGCCAAAAAGAAAGAAUUCACUCAUUGUGUUUUUUAUUUGGACAACUUGGAAGCAAGUGCUAAGGCUAGUCUUGAAAGAGCCAUUGUCUUAUUAGGAGCCUCCCAGGAAAAGUUUUUUUCAAACAAGUGUACUCAUCUCAUUACAACAAAAAGCAUACCUAUACAGGAAAAUAUGCUGCAAUCACUCUGUGAUACAAAUGCAUCCAAACAAAGAAUGAAGCCUCAACAAGAAUUCAAAUCAAAAGAUGCUAUUGUCGAUAACGCAUUAUCAUGGGGAAUUGUAUUAUGGAGCUUAGAUGUCAUGUUGAAAACUGUUGACUAUUUUAUGAAGGCCUCACCUUUCAAAAAUAAAAACAAACAGUUACAGGAAAAGAAGGCAUUGGGUAAAGUAUUACAAGAAGAGAAAUUAUUUGGACCUUCUACCGGAGUCAAUAGCGAAACACAAGCGAAACGACCUCAUUUCGUUGCAUACACUGGAUAUUAUCUCACCAUCGAGGAUGCAUCACAAGUGCACCGGCCUGUUAUUUCGAGAGAGUAUACAAAAGAAAUGUUCAAGAAGAAACCCAAUGAUUACCCAUGGCCAUUCCUUAAAGUAACGCCUGUAGGAAGAUCCCCAUUCGGUAAAAGACAGCCACAUUCCGCGACAAGUGUAGCUCCUAAAAAGGGAGAAGAAGAGAACGACAAAGCACAGCUAAAAUCACCACCACAAACACCUACCAAUACAUCCACAGCAGCAGCAGCAGCAGCAGCAACAACAACAGCAGCAGUGACAACAGCAACAACAGAAACAACAACAACAACAGCAGCAGCAGCAGCAGCAGCAACAGCGAAUAUCACACCAUGCACUCCCACAACUACUACUGCUUCAUAUAAUAUCACAACUCCACCUGCUACACCAGUCACCUUGAUGGCCAAUCCUGAUUCCCAAUAUAGUUUACGCGCAUCCGGAUUUCAACAAUCAUGUACCAACACAAAUAAUACUCAAUCAGCCUCGACUCGGUCCGUGUCGACUAUGCAGAACGAGAAAAGAAUAUUCCCACCAGGCGAAAGUGUCAAUCGUUUGGACAAACGUAUGGUGGAGAAUGUCACUCAAAAUGAACAUCAAAAGAUGCUUAAACAAGUUGUGAAAGCUGAGAAGGAAAAUAAAGAAAACCGUGCACGUAAAGAGAAAGAAAAGAAGAAGGAUCUUCGUUACUGCGAAAAUUGUAACAGUCAAUUUGAGAAAUUGGAAGAUCAUAUGAAAGAUCCAACACAUCAAACAUUUAUUCGUGAUCAAAAUAACUUCAAGAUCCUGGAUGACUUGCUAGAAAAGACACAUCGAGUUUAUAAAGCUCCUUUACCUGAUCACUGGAAGAACCUUGUGGAACCUAGCAUUGACGGUAAAAAUGUUCGAUUUAUGUCCGAUUUAAAGAGACCACGCCCUGAAUCCUCUGAAUCUCCAAAUAAGAUGUCUACAACAAAUAUUCUCAAAAAACAAAAGACCGCUGAACCACAGCAAAAGAAAGGAUGGGGAAAAUAUCACAACGUGUUCCUUUAAAAAAGUACCCAUUGUGUCUGUAAAAAAAUAAAUAAAAAUAACAUAUAAUGUAUCACGCUAAUAAAAAAGUUCUACUGACACUGAGUUAGUUGUCUUCCGGAAG